UACUUCCGUUGUUAAAGAGAAUGCUUAUUUCUAUCGCAGUUUUGACUGUUGCCGUAGUUUUAUUUGUUUUGUUCGUGUAUAACAAGUGUUAUACUCAACAUUCUAAAACAAAGCUGUAUUGCAAAGACAAUCUUAUAAAAAAUGCCUUAUUACGUAUAACUCCAGCUAUAAAAGAAGACUUUGUACCAACCUUCUGGGCAAGCAGUAGCUUUCUUCAAACUUGGAUGAGGACGUUAAUUCGUAUAAUUCAUACAAACGAAUUAGUAACUAAACGCCAGUACGUUGAAAUGCGAGAUGAUGGCAUAACAUCUCUUGAUUUUAUUUAUCGUGAUGAAGUAAUCAGCGAUAAUGAAACCAAACCUAUUCUUGUCAUUAUUCCAAGCGCUUUGAACACGCAUCGAAAAUCGUAUACUCAAUUGUGUAAUCUCGCAAUUAGCAAUGGUUAUAGGCCAAUAGUUUUUAAUAAAAGAGGUUAUUCUAAAACACCAUUAUCUCAUUUAUCUCCGCUAUCUAGUGAGUCAGAUUUUGAUGAUACGUUCGCUUAUAUAAGUAAAAAAUAUCCUUUUAGCGACCUCUAUGUCAUUGCGUACUCAAUGGAAGCAACCAACUUUGUUAAUUGUUUGUACGAAUACGAUCCAUGUCCACGAAUUCUUGGCGUUGUCUGCAUUUCUGCGACAUUUGGUUGCGAAAAUUUUACAAAAAAUCUUUCAAUCAAAGAACCGUACAACCGAUUAUUAACAGAAAAAUUAAAAUCGAUCUACUUGCAACAUUCGGUUGUAAAAGAAAGUUUCAACUACAAUUUAAUCCAAAGUUGUAAAGCUGUGGACGAGCUGCAAAAACAAAUUAGUAAAUCUGGGUAUAAGUUAUACCGACCCAUUCCUAAAACAAACACUUUUUUUACACCGGUGUUGUUCAUUAACUCCGUAGACGAUCCAGUUGUUCCAGUUCAAUGUUUACCUUACUCUAUAGUUUCUAAAUUAGAUAAUUGUUUUCUUCUUACAACUGAAAAAGGAGGUCAUUGCGGUUUUUAUGAAGGAGUUGUUCCUUUGUGUUGGGCCGAAAAAAUUGCUUUAAACUUUUUCGAAAAAGCAGCAAACAACAAAAAAUUAUUCUCUUCUACAAUGCACGGAUCAAGAUCAAGAAGCGCAACUUGUUAUUAAAUCGACUCAAAAUAAUGGUAACUUUGACCAAUUUACUUACAGAAAUGUUUCCCCAAAAUAUUACCUUUUCGUACAAUAAACAAUCGGAAAAAAUUUUAAUGUUACUUAAAUACGCCUUACUUUACAAAUCGCAAAAUGGCUAUGACAUAAUAGUCAUCAUUGUUUAGUAAAUAAAAUAAACAAAUUAUUAUAACUUUGCAAACAAACGAAAGAGUAAUAUAGCAAAAAAGUAUUACAAAAAAAUAGAAAUAGUUUUAGGAACCCCAAAUUUAUAAAUAGAAAGCGCAUACGGAAAUUUUAUUGAAGCUAAUUGUGGCCUACCACGAUGGUAAAGAUAUUAAACAACGGAUAUAUAUAAAAUUAUUAUUGAUUUUUAAUUUUUUUACUUUUUU